CUCAUCAUAUUAUCGAUUUCGCAUCGGAACCAAUUGCCAGGUGGUUUGAUCGCGGGGCGCGUGGGGGGGGAGUGAGUAAAUUUGACCCCCAAUUUUUUGGGGUGGGUUGGUGGGGGGCCCUCCUGUGUUCGUCUCGGCCUAGAGAGAGAGAGAGGAGGGGGGGGGGCUCAUCGAGGAUGUGAUCGGCCCACCCCGUCCAGGUUUCAAUCCCACUCGCGUUUGGGAGUCCGGUUCCCAAUCGGGCCGACCUAAACAAUCAGGCCUCUUACCCCCUGUCCAAGGCCCCCCCCCCAACCCCCUACCAAUGGGCCCCCGUCGUUGCGGGGGGCCCGUGCCGCCCCCCGUGGUGGUGUUCGCGCUGUGCUGCGCGGCGGCGGGCGCCGCGUGCCUCUGCGUGGGGGAGUUCGUGCGCAGGGUGGCGGUGCGGGACCCCGACGUGGCGCAGGACUGGAACUCCCUCCUGCUGCACCUGGGCGAGCUGGAUCUGUGCGUACAGGAGCAGCGGUCGGAUAACGACACGCGGGAGGUCACGCCGUCGCCGCCCGCCCCGGCGAGGCCGGCCCGCGCCCUGCCCACGGCGCCGGGGCCCGGGGCCGAAGGGCCCUCCUCGUCGGCCCCUCCACUUCCCCCCCGGCUGCUCGUGUCAGUGCGUGUCCUCGUGACCCUGACGCCAUCGGCGGGGUCCGCGUGGGGCCGGUCGGGCGCCGUCUCUCAUCUGGGCGUCUCGCUGCCGUCACAAGCGCUCCACCUCGCCGGUCCGAGUCGGCCCGUCAACAUCACCUUGUCCCUGGCGACCACGUGGGACUCGAACGACUGUCAUCUCCGUGGCAACUGUCAGGCGGCGAGCUACAAUGCGUGCGCGAUUGUGUGGGCGGAUUCAGGCGUCCUGCCCAACACCCCGAGGCCCGAGAGCUGCGACCCGGUCGACGAGGAACUCCGGCGCCUGGAGGCGACGGUAGCCGAGGGGACGGCGGAUCCCGGCUGGUCCCGCAGGCCGGGAGAGAUCGGGAAGCCGAGCGGCGCCGGGUGCAGGGGUUCGCCCGUCCUGAGGGUGUUCCACACGGAAGAGCCGGGACUCUCCGUGCUUCUCUCCCAGGAGCGACGCUCCGAGAUCGGAUUGCGGUUGAGUUAUUCUGCGGCCGCGAUGGCCGGCAGCCUGCUGCUGGUGCUGGCGUGCGGCGCCCUGGGAGGCCGCACCCGCGGGCCGGGCCGGCCGGCCCUCACCGAGCUCAGCCCCCACAAGAUGUCGCUCUCCGGCCAGUAAAGUAAAUACGGGCGUCCGCAGAAGGUGAAGUCACCAGGCCGUAACAGCUCAGGAGGUGACGGGAGCCCACCGUCUCGUGUGAGCUAUCAGCGUCUUUCUCCGCACGACGACCCACGGCUACAACCUCGUUUUCAGAUGAAAAAUCCGCUGUAAAAAACAUUACAUACAGUCUGUUCUCCUAUAACGCGUGUUUUCAUAACGCAAAUUGGAUAUAACGUGAUGAAUGUAUUCGGGAACAUGUUUUUUUCAUCAUGCGGAUGCAUAUCGGACGUAACGCAAUUGAACAUAAAACUACCGUCGUGCAAGUAGGAAUAAGCGGUUGUGUAGCGCUCCUCGGCAUAGCAUCACACAAGGCAAGAUACUGCUGGAUGCUUCGAGAUGCUACCCACGCGCCUCAGUCUUUGUUCAGCCUGCAUACGCAUCGCACUUAUGUGUUGACACGAGCAGUUAGAUAUCACGUAUCGAUUAAACAGCCUCCUCCUCAUCCACCCAAAAGUAAUUUGAUACGUUUUCACGAUUCAGUUUAACGGUUUGAUUCGUGAAUAGAAUAUGUUUUGUGAUCCUUAUUUUAUUUGUUUUUGGUUUCGGCCAUGUAGUUGAUGCCGAAAUUCUUGUCGGUGGACCUCCACCACCCCGACAAGGCUUGUCACGUUUACCAAGAAGUAAUUUUAGACGUGGCCAACGUGCCGAUCAUAUUCUGACCAACCACAGCUUCAGAAUUUUCAUGACUGAAUUUGCAAUCAACAAAACAGUUCCCGAGCGAAACGGCAUGUGUUGGCCACGAAAUGUUUUAAGGCAUCGGUGAGAAGCUUUACUGCUCAGCAUUUGAUCGAUAUAUUGGGCAGGUGUAAAAAAACAUCCCUGUCAACCCAUACGGUUUAGCCAUAUUCUUGUACAGGGAAAUUAAGUUUAAAGGUCCAUUCGGCGUACAGCCGUUUCAAUACGGGCAAGAACAAAAAUGUGUCUAUUUGUUUGUGUUUCUCCCUUGUGGAGGGACUUUAUAGGAUGAACGUUGAGAUUUGUAAGGGCACGGGGUGACCAAUAAGGUCUGAAUUGGUCUGUCAUAAGGUAAGCACUGAUAAGGGGUUGACAGAUAAGAAAUAAUAUCUUUGCUGGAGGGUUAAUGACGAUACUUUUUUGCCACAAAACUACGUGACCUGACCCAAAAACAGAUAUGGAUCGUAGUGUUGGCUGUGAAACCCUACAUUUUUAUAUUUUACCUCGAUUGUUGCCAUCUCAUUUGCGUUGUUUCUUAGUCUUUUCCUGUCUCGUUCCAUUUUGUUUGCUCCGUUAGCCUUAACAUAACGUUAGCGUUUGACACUUACGUGUGCGGCCUUAUUGUCAGUCCACUGCUGGAUGGAGGCUUCCCCAUGCCAUGCCCGUCGUGGGGAUUAUUUGGCCAUACUUGACCACACUGCUUGGUGCAGGUUGGUGAAAACGGGGACCACAGGUACGGGAACAUUGACCCACAACAUAGCCCGCUCGCAUUGAAUUUAAUUUAAAUCAGCGGAUUAUCACAUGCACAAUUUGAUUCCCAACGCAUCGUGUCGGAAUCUGUUUAAUUUAUGAAUGCGGGCAUCGGUGCUUGCCUGCUAGUGAUGUUGACGACAUGAGCUCGUUAGCGCCGCUGCUGUCGUGAUACAAGGGCCCUGAGUCUGUCGCAAGGUCACGUGCGAGCGCAUUGUUUUACUUAAAGUGUAAAAAAAUAAGUUCACUAAAUUAAAUGAAUGUUGGAUGUGAAAUGCCUUUAUUUUAUCUUCACUCAGUUAUGCCCUUAACUUAAAUAAAUGACAAUGACAGCUGUAUAUUUAUCUUCACACCCCCCCCCCCCCCCCCCCCAAAAUAUAUAUAUACAGUUCGGUCUCCAGCCCUAUUGGACUUCACGAAUGGCGAUUCUCAACCCCAGUCCGUAACGGGCAUCAACCCGAGCCCAAACUGGAAUUGGAAUGUUUAGAGCCGUGACUUGUAAAUGUGCAAUGGGAGUAAGAGUGGCACUUGAGUCAUUAUACUCACGCGGGGACGGCAAGACGCUCGCUCUGGAAGAGAGAGGGGGAGAGAGCGACUCUGAUGCGGCGAGGGAGGAACCGCAGGCGGGCAGGAGGGGCGGCAGCAGUCACUCGGUGAGCUGGCGUCACCGAUCGCCCAAGCUCUGCAGUCCACACGUGUUAAGAUGUUUUCGGCAAACUCAGUGUGCUUAUUUAUACACCUGGGAGCAAACCAGAGCACCCGGAGAAAACGCACGCGUGCUAGGGGAGUGGGGGGGGUGUAGACAACACGAUCCCAUGCAGAUGGAAGAGAUGGAAUCCCCGCAUCAUAGUUCGUGCGGAUCGAGGCUAAUUUACCAAAGCCUCACGUAGUGGAGCAUUUUUUUUAUUUAUCGUGGCUAAUUCAUUGAGUAGCGGUGCCUUGCUGCCAUGGACUAGCUGUUAUGAAACUUGAAUCGACACUUUAGGUACAGGUUAAGUUAUAGCUGGAUGUGACUUUCAAGUGCUCCGUGUGUUUUUGCACUACAAUCUUUAGGCUAGAGUCGGUUUUAUUUCGGGGUCGGCCGGGGAAACCAAUGCCUCGUAAUUUCUGCAAUAAACGGGUUUACGGUCAA